AUGGCCGGUCCUCUCCGCGACCUCACGCCCUACUUCAUCUACCUCCUCCUCACCGCAACCCUCGGCCCUCUUCUCUUCGGCUACCAUCUCGCCGAACUCAACGCUCCCGCCGAAGUCAUCACCUGCGCCAAAGAGAGCAUCCACGGCACCACAUCCACAAGGUUCUCACAAUGCAUCCGCAUGAAUCCCUCCCAGUUCGGCCUGGUGUCCUCUUCCUUCACUCUUGGAGGUCUCAUAGGAGCUCUAUCCGCAGGACCCAUCACGACGAAAUAUGGUCGACUUCGAGCGAUGUUGAUAUCGGGGAUAUUCGCCGUGGUCGGACCUGUCUUCGAAGCAGCAGCAUCUAGCAUUGGUGUCAUGACCGUGGGAAGGCUCUUGUCAGGAGUAGGAGCCGGAAUGGCGACCGUGGUGGUACCUAUAUACAUCAGCGAGAUCUCACCACCGGACAAGAGAGGACUAUUUGGAGCUUUCACUCAGAUCAUGACCAACAUGGGCAUCCUCAUUACACAGGCAUUGGGACUCUUCCUGAGCAGAGGACAAAUGUGGAGGAUCAUCUUGGGAGUCGGCGGAGCUAUCGCUCUCGUGCAGACCAUAUCCCUCGGCCUUGCUGGACAAGAAAGCCCACAGUGGCUUGCAGACCAUGGCAAAACUUCUCAAGCAAAGAGGAUUCUACAAAAGCUCCGUGGGCAUAAAGUCGAUAUCUCAGACGAGACCUCCACCUGGACAUCUGCCCACAACGCCAAUGCAAACGAAGAAGAAGAGACCCUUCUCGCCUCCUCCUCUACCCAUGAAGCACCACCCACCAUCGGCCCACUCGCCGUCCUCUCUCACCCAGACCACCGCUCCGCCGUCAUCGCUGUCGUAACAAUCAUGAUCGCCCAACAAUUCACCGGCAUCAACAGCAUAGUCAUGUACGGCGUCUCCCUCCUUUCCGACCUCCUAACCACCAACGCCGCCCUUCUCAACGUCCUCGUUGCCGCGGUCAACGUCAUCAUCACCACCUCCUGCGCUCCCCUCGUCGACCGUCUCGGCCGCAAGCCCUGCCUCAUCGCUUCCAUCUGCGGCAUGGGCGUCUCUUCUCUUCUCCUCGCCGUGGGUAUCAUGCGAUCUAUCCCUAUUCUGUCUGCCAUCGCAGUGAUCCUCUUCGUCGCCUCCUUCGGUUUCGGCUUGGGUCCAAUUCCUUUCAUCCUCGCCUCCGAACUGGCAUCCUCUGAAGCCGUAGGCGCCACGCAAUCGUGGGCUCUGGCGGCGAAUUGGACCGCGACGUUUGUCGUGGCGCAGUUCUUCCCUGUCGUCAAUGCGGCGAUGGGAAAGGGACAAGUGUAUUUCUUGUUCGCGGGCGCUGCGGUUUUCUUUGCCGGCUUCGUGGCGUUGUAUGUGCCCGAGACGUUGGGGAGGAGGGAUGCGGACGAGAUCUGGGGAAGGCGGAAGGCGGGCAUGCUGGAGGAUUGA